AUGGCUAUGCAGAGCAACAGUUGCGGCAGGUUGUCGAACAAGACUGCACCACUGGCUUCAGAUUGGAAUGACUUUUCACAGUCCAUUGCAUUGUCCAAUGUAGUUGAAAUGCCUGUAGCAGAGACAGCAGGAAGUUUCUUCCCUAGAACAAUGGAGUUCCUUACGUGGUACCGGAAGUCUAACUGCACCUUGCCUUCCCCCUCCAAUAAAUGCAUGAAGGUCAAAGAUAUGUCUCGCGAAGAAGUAUUGGAGAAAAUUAGGGAGGAGAAGAAACGUAUUGAAGAUUUGAGUUGCCUCAAUGUCAUUGCAGGAGAUAGAGGCUUUGUCAUAGGUCCUUUUACUUUCAAGCUAGACGGAAGAUCGGUCGAUUGUAACAGUGAAUUUGGUCCAGAUAAUAAGGUCAGGGUUGGACAAGUCGUUCUGCCUUAUAUAAGUUCUGUUAGUGAUAUGAAGAACAAUGGUGCAAGGUUCGUGUUAGUAGUGGAAAGUGUAUCUGCUUAUCAAAGAUUGACGGGGGACAACUUUCAUAAUGAUUAUAAGUGUAUAAUCAUGACCGGAAAAGGCAUGUCUGAUCUAGCACUUAGAGAAUUCGCAAAGUAUAUAAUGGACACGUUCGAGAUUCCAAUAUUUCUCCUCUCAGAUUCUGAUUCAUGGGGCAUCGAAAUUUAUGCAGUCUUUAAAUAUGGCUCAGAAAGUAUGGCAUUUGAUAGUGAAAAUUUGGCUAACCCAUUGGUACAUUGGCUGGGUGUCUGGCCAACCGACUUAACCACACUUAAAAUACCAUCCGAGAGGUUGAGUUGCGAUGACCUGAGAAAAGCAAGAAAAUUGUUGAAGGAGUUUGUAACAAGUGAUGAGAUGCUGGUGAACCAGCUGGACCACAUGAUCAUGCACAAAGAAAAGGCAGGCAUUUUAGCUCUAAAUAAUUUCGGGCCGCUCUAUGGUCUAUCUGAUUACUUGCUGUAUAAGUUGUACAAGGUGGGUGAUAUCAUGAAAAAAGGGAAAUUAUAA